CGCCUCCCGGUCAGCGGGCGCAGGCUGUGGAAGCAUGGCAGUCGCUGAGGCGGAGGUGGUGUCAGCUCUGACUGCAGACUCUGCAGGGACAGCCGCCACCCCUGGAGCCGCAGCCGCCCCGCAAGCCCAGCUCUCCAAGGCCGCCCUGGCUGCUAAGCUGUUGUCGCUCAGCGGCGUGUUCGCCGUGCACAAGCCCAAGGGGCCCACGUCAGCCGAGCUGCUCAAUCGGCUGAAGGAGAAGCUGCUGGCAGAAGCUGGGAUGCCUUCCCCAGAGUGGAACAAGAGGCAAAGGCAGACGUUGAAGAUUGGACACGGAGGGACGCUGGACAGUGCUGCACAAGGUGUUCUGGUGGUUGGGAUUGGAAGAGGAACAAAAAUGUUGACCAGUAUGUUGUCGGGGUCCAAGAGAUACAUUGCCAUUGGAGAAUUGGGGAAAGCAACCGACACGCUGGAUUCUACCGGGAAGGUAACCGAUGAGAAGCCAUACGAUAAAAUAACACAAGAAGAUAUUGAAGGCAUUCUGCAGAAGUUUACUGGGAAUAUAAUGCAAGUACCCCCACUCUACUCUGCACUGAAGAAGGAUGGGCAGAGGUUGUCAACGCUCAUGAAGAGAGGCGAAGCUGUGGAGGCCAGACCCGCCAGGCUAGUGACUGUGUACAGCAUCGCCCUCCUGAGGUUCCAGCCACCGCUCUUCACACUGGAUGUUGAAUGCGGAGGCGGCUUCUACAUCAGAAGCUUGGUCAAUGACAUUGGCAAAGAACUCUCUUCCUGUGCCCACGUGCUGGAGCUGACCCGCACCAAACAGGGGCCGUUUACACUUGAAGAGCAUGCCCUCCCCGAAGACAGAUGGACCAUUGAUGACAUCGCACAGUCCCUUGAACACUGCACAUCUCUUUUGCCAGAUGAGUUGGCAUUUAAAAAACCAAAAUCUGAGAAAUCCAGUGACCAGGCUUUAAGCUAUGAAUACAUUACUCUAAGUGAGACAAAGAGGGAAGAGGAUGAAAUUAAGACACUCUGAGGCCAGCCUGGGUGUGUGCCCUGACGUCUUAGUGUUGCUGAACGAUGAAUGUGAUUGGAUUCAGAUAAAUCAGCUUUCUGAAUUUGAUCUUUCCUUAGUCUUUUUCAUAUGAAAAAGUAAACAAUUUUCUAAUUACGGAAGACAGGUAGUCCUGUUAGUCUCACAGAAGUGAGUAUACGGAGUGUCAAUGUUUGCUUUGUUUAAACUGCCAGGGGCUUCCAUUGUUCUGAAAUUCCUUGGGUAUACAUGAAGUGUUCAGUAUUGAACUGUUCCGUGUGUUUGCAGAGCUCAUGGCUGUUGUGAAGCAUGGGACUGAUGGACUAUACUCAUCUGUGGCUGUUUCUUAAAUCUUGAAAAUGAGUGUGGUUUCCUAAUAGACAUUUGCAAACGCACAAACUUCUGUUCUACCCCAUCAGAAAGUAAUAGGUCCACACAUUCAGAAUCCUCAUCUCCAGUUUAGAGCAGAACUCGGCUCCUGUAGCUGUGUAUUGUGGCAGCUGUUUCUGUGGUCAACCACAUUGUAUUAAAUUACAUUGUAUUAAUACAUUGUAUUAAUUUACUAAAUACAUUGUAUUAGAUUACUAAAAAUGUGAUUUUUAGGCUAUACACUAAAGAAUGUAUCUUGGAUUAAAAUUCUCUCCUGCCUGCUUGUUA